GGCGCAUUUUUUUCCAGGUCUCGCUGACGAGCAUGGGUUCCUCCGACGCUCUCCCCCCGGGUCGCGUGCUUUGUGUGUGUGGCGCUGUGCAUUGUGGGGCCGGCGGGACUUCCUCUUCUUCCCGUGUCCCCGCGGCUCGCUCUUCCCUUUCGAGAAGGAGGCGGAGGCCGCGGCGGCGAAGAUGCUGACCUCGCGCACGUUCCUCAAGCGCACGCGGGCCGGCGCGGUGAUGAAGGUGGUGCGCGAGCACUACCUGCGCGACGACAUUUCCUGCGGGGCGGCCGCCUGUGAGACCUGCGGGGAGGUCCGCGGCGGGGAAGACGGCCCCUCCGGGCCCCUCCUGGAAGCCCAGCCCAGCGGGGCCGCCAGCAGCCUCUGCCCGGACCCUCAUUACCUCCUCCUCGACACCAACGUGUUGCUGCACCAGAUUGAUAUACUUGAAGAUCCAGUUAUUAGAAAUGUUGUUAUUCUUCAGACAGUUCUGCAGGAAGUAAGGAAGCGGAGUGCACCAGUAUACAAGCGAAUAAGAGAUGUAAUAGCUAAUCCUGAAAAACAUUUCUAUUCUUUCACUAAUGAACAUCAUAAAGAAACAUACAUAGAACAAGAACAAGGAGAAAAUUCCAAUGACCGCAAUGACAGAGCCAUUAGAGUAGCAGCAAAAUGGUACAAUGACCAUCUCGCUAAGUUACAAAAUGAGGAAAAGGUUCGAGUUAUCCUACUUACAAAUGAUAAAAAAAAUAAAGAGAAAGCCAUGGAAGACGGAAUAACUGCUUAUACGUGUGAAGAGUACAUAAAGAGCUUGAUAGGUAAUCCUGAACUUGUGGAUCGACUUGCUUGCCUAAAUGAUGAAGGGAAUGAGAUAGAAAAUGGAAGGAUCAUAUUCCCAGAGCAUCUUCCCCUCAGCAAACUGCAGCAGGGGAUAAAGUCAGAGCUUUAUCUUCAAGGAACCUUCAGGGCCAGUAGAGAUAAUUACCUAGAAGCUACUGUUUGGGUUCAUGGAGAUGGAGAUGAGAGAGAGAUAAUAAUACAAGGACUUAAAAAUCUCAACCGUGCAGUCCAUGAAGAUAUUGUAGCAGUGGAACUUUUAUCAAAGGAUGCCUGGGUUGCACCAUCAUCUGUGGUUUUGCUUGAUGAGGACGAUCAGAAUGAAGAUGACAAUGUGGAAAAAGAAGAGGAAAGAGAGAACAAUCUGAAGACAUCUCUGAGUAAAAAUAUGCUGCGACCAACUGGCAGAAUAGUGGGCAUUAUAAAAAGAAACUGGAGGCCUUAUUGUGGCAUGCUUUCAAAAUCACAAAUAAAAGAGUCAAGACGGCAUUUAUUUACACCAGCUGAUCGCAGGAUCCCUCGAAUUCGAAUAGAAACAAGACAGGCUUCAGUGCUUGAAGGGCAAAGAAUUAUUGUAGCUAUUGAUGGCUGGCCUAGAAAUUCAAGGUACCCUAAUGGCCAUUUUGUGAAGAAUUUAGGGACAGCUGGAGAUAAGGAGACUGAAACUGAAGUCCUCUUGCUAGAACAUGAUGUCCCUCACCAGCCUUUCUCCCAAGCAGUUCUCAGUUUCCUUCCCCAGAUGCCAUGGAGUAUCACUGAACAGGAUAUGAAAUUCAGAGAAGACUUGAGGCAUUUAUGUGUAUGCAGUGUGGAUCCUCCUGGGUGUACUGAUAUUGAUGAUGCAUUGCACUGCAGAGAGUUGGAAAAUGGAAAUUUGGAGGUUGGUGUACACAUUGCAGAUGUCAGCCAUUUCAUUCGGCCAGGAAAUGCUCUGGAUCAAGAAUCUGCACAAAGGGGCACAACUGUGUAUCUCUGUGAAAAAAGAAUUGAUAUGGUUCCAGAGCUGCUUAGUUCCAACUUAUGUUCAUUGAGAUCCAAUGUUGACAGGCUUGCAUUUUCAUGUAUAUGGGAAAUGAAUCACAAUGCAGAAAUCUUGAGAACUAGAUUUACAAAAAGUGUAAUUAACUCCAAGGCUUCCCUUACAUAUGCUGAAGCACAGAUGAAAAUAGAUUCUGCCAGCAUGAACGAUGACAUUACAACUAGUCUAAGAGGACUAAAUAAACUAGCCAAAAUUCUUAAAAAGCAUAGGAUUGAUAAAGGGGCUCUAACUCUUUCUUCACCUGAAGUCCGUUUCCACAUGGAUAGUGAAACCCAUGAUCCUAUCGAUUUACAGACAAAAGAACUCAAAGAAACCAAUUCCAUGGUUGAAGAGUUCAUGUUGCUUGCUAAUAUUUCAGUGGCACAAAAGAUUUACAACGAAUUUUCAGAGCAUGCCUUGCUGAGAAAGCAUCCUGCUCCACCUCCAUCAAAUUAUGACAUCCUUGUGAAGGCAGCGAAGUCUAAGGGUUUGGAAAUCAAGACUGACUCGGCCAAAGCUCUGGCUGAUUCACUAGAUUGUGCAGAAUCUCCUUCUUUUCCAUACUUAAACACACUGUUGCGCAUCUUGGCUACUCGUUGCAUGAUGCAGGCUGUUUAUUUUUGUUCUGGAAUGGACAAUGAUUUUCAUCACUAUGGUUUAGCCUCACCUAUUUAUACACACUUUACAUCACCAAUCAGAAGAUAUGCUGAUAUUAUAGUGCAUCGAUUACUGGCCGUGGCUAUUGGAGCAGAUGGUACUUAUCCUGAUCUCACAGAUAAACAUAAAUUGGCAGAAUUGUGUAAGAAUCUCAACUACAGGCAUAAAAUGGCUCAGUAUGCUCAGAGAGCUUCUGUUGCCUUCCACACUCAGUUGUUUUUCAAAAAUAAAGGUGUGGUGAAUGAAGAGGCAUAUAUUCUCUUUGUAAGGAAGAAUGCAAUUGUGGUACUAAUUCCCAAGUACGGGUUGGAGGGAACUGUGUUUUUUGAAGAAAAAGAUAAGCCCAAACCAGCACUGGUAUACAAUGAUGAGAUUCCCUCACUUACUGUUCAAGGCACAACCUUCCAUGUAUUUGACAAAGUUACUGUGAACAUUAUGUUAGAUGCUUCCAAUAUCCAACACCAGAAAAUCCGUAUGGCGCUAGUAGAGCCAAAGAUUGUAGACAGUAGUGUUCCAAGACAGUCCAUGCAACUGAGCAGUAACACUGAACCGGAGAAAAAGAAGAAGAAGCAGCUGUGAAAAUAGUUUCAUUUUAUAAACAAGUUGUUCAGAUCAGAAAUAAAUUAUAUUUCAGACAAAUUGUUUUAUACCAUUUUAGUGAAUUGUUUUAUGUGGCUUAUAGCUCUUUAAAUAUUUUUGUAUUCUAGUUACAAUAUCAUUUUUCAAUAUUUUUCAUGUGUAGUAUUAAUCUAAAAUUGUAUUUAAAUUCUGAUAUUUAGAACAUUUGAUGUGUAAUCCAGUAAUCUUCAGUUUGCAGAACUGGGACUAAAUCCAGUUGUCUAUCCCAUUGAAUCAGUGGUAGUGACAUAGCCUUCAAGUGCCAUCUAUCCAACCUUUCUAUUUGAACUGGGACUGAUGAUUAGAUGUAACCCUUGAGAUCUAUAGCUAACUCCAACUCUGUCACAUGGAAUCCAUUUUUUAAAACUGUCUUUUUGGAGCUUUGGGCACAUCAUAAUUGCAAGAAAGAGCUUGUGGACAUCCCUAUAAAUGGGACACACAAGGCAAAUGUGUCAGUUGUCACAUAUUGCCAGGAAAAGAUCUGUUCAAUAAAUACUGAUCUCCUUGACUGCAUUGUACUUGCAUAAAAUUCUCCCUUCUCCAAUAAAUAUUGCAAUAUUAAACUUG